CACUUCAAACGUCGAGCUGAAAGUAUUACAAACAAAUCAAUUAAAAUGAACAAGUUCGUCGCAGUUGUUGUACUCAUGGUCAUCGCAUGUGCCCAGUCUAAGCCUUCAAUUCUUCCAAUUGCACCAGUUGCCCCAAUCGCAUACAGUGCACCGCUUGUAGCUCCAGCUCCUUUGCCAUUCGUCACUGCCACUAGUUCACAAGUUGUGUCAAGAAACUAUAAUGCCGCUUAUGUUGCACCACCAGUAAUCGCCGCUGCUUCCCCUUAUUUUGCUGCUCCAGCCGCCCCAUUGACCUAUCCAAGCCCUUACGUGGCAGCACCACUCGCGUCACCCAUUUUUCUGUAAGCCAUCCGAUUUAAUGAUCUUUCGUCGUCAGCCAGUCAUAUAAAAAGUGUGCAAAUGUAAAAUCCAAAGGAAAAUAAACGAAUCAUACAUUAUGAAACUUUAAAAGUGA